GCUCUUUCCCAAAGGGUGAAUAAAUAAAUAAAAAUCCGGACAGCGUCUGGUAACGCUUUUUCCUUCGGUCUUGUGGUGCAAAGCGUCAGGCUCCUCGUCCCCCUUGCCACCCUCCACCCACCUCCUCUGUCCUGAUCCAACAUAUUUUUUAAGAACAGGGAAGUGUCUGUUCGGGACCUCUGCCUUUGCGCGGCUUUUUAAUAUUAUUUUUGCGCUGUCCUUCUUUUGCGUUUCCUUUACAUAUAGAUCUCGUGUCCCCUCCCUCGCUGUCUUGCACCACAACUAUUCUGGAUACGAAAAGAAUACAGAAGAACGAAGCUGUAAAAGAAAAGGAAAAAGGUAGCCGCUUCUCUCUCUCUCUCUCUCCCCUCUCUCUCUCCAUCCCUCUCUCGCACCUUGCUUUCACGUGCAUCUCCUACAGCCAAACGCGCCACUUAGUGGCUGCAAAUCGCACCCUCAGCCGUGAAUCGAACCUUCUCCUUUUGUUUGUUCUCUGCGUGUUGUUUCUCUCGAACUCAUUUGGAAACAGCCGUAUUCUUCAAAUCAAAACAAAAAUACACUUCUAUACAACCGUACUCUAUUAUUAUUUUAUUCUCUUUUUUUAAGUGCCUCGUGUAACGGAAAGUGUACACGACGUCGCGCGUGGACGCACUUCAGCGGUGACAAUAUCGCCUCGCCGCUUCUUCGGGAAAGGGGGAAGAGAAGAAGGAACUGAAAGAAAAAAGAAACUUUACGAAGGCAGAAUCGUGUGCGCGCCUUUCGUGUGUGUGUUUUUGUUUGUUUGUUUGCUUCCUACUUGGUACCUUCAGAGCGCCUUUCUUCUAUUACUUCUCUGUUAUAUACCGCUGCUAAAUGACUACUGCCUUUUUCUCCUUCCUCUCCUUCGCUCUUUUCGCUCUUUAGUCGCCGUUUUUUAUUAUUAUUAUUACUUGAAGAAGGACCCGGGCGACGAACAACGGUGGGAAAGUCAUCACCGUAGCACUUUCUCCUGCUAUACACUCACAGUUUACGUACCUGUUUAUUAUUACUUCUUGCCUUUAUAUAAAUAUAUACCUCUUCGACGCAACACGUACUCCUGAAAACUGUAACUGGAAGCACUACCGUGCGCUACAGCUAUAAAUAAAAAAGAAAACGAAAUAAGAACGGCAUUGGCGGUUUGCGGGUAACACGAAUAUAAUUUUUAAUUUAUUUGUUUAUUCGAGUGUGUGUGUGUGUCAGUCCUGUUUUCGCUGUGACGCUCUCUAAACGUCUAGAUUAACCUCUUCCUCUUGUACGGAUGCGACUCAUAUUUCGGGCGUAAUUUGUAUUCCUCGACUCGGUAUAUCGUCGCCCUUUCGCACGUGUGUGCGGGUGUGUUUGUAUACCGUCGCCUCGUCCCCUCAACAGCUUGUUUUUUGUUGUUGUUGCUGCUUUAUACACUGUUACCGUCCUGUAAGUAUAUGAGUUCGAAGGGGCACACACCAGCCAAUCCGCUCUCGACUACCCUUUUCGUCUUCGCUGACGACACCGCCGACGACUGCGUCUCACCGGUCAUUGCAAGCAACGUCAGAUUCUUACGCGGCCGACGUCACCGCAUCUCGGUUGCCGUCCGCGCAGGCCGCGAUCUUCCCUCCGUUCAGUCGCUGUCCUCCUCCCGCACCGCCGACGCCUCACCAACGACCUCGACUCUCGUGCCGAAGCGGUGCUACGCUUCAGGCGAUCUCCCCGCACAGUUCAGUGCCACAUAUUUGCUGCGGCAACACCGAGCACCGCGUCCUCCUAUUUCGCUGCUCCCUGGUGCAUCAACGGCUAGUAUCCCCCUUGGCCGUGUUCUUGCGCUCGUCGACGGUAGCAGCGACGCUUCCCCAAACAGCAGCGGCGGCAGCAACGUCCGCCCUUCCUCUUCGCUCUUCAUCCUUCCUCUUUCGGCACCCGUGCGGCGGAGCAUGAACCGCCGUGGCUCAUCGCCGUCGCCGUGUUCGUCCUCUGCGCCUCAGCUGCCGCAGAUCCGCACCGACACGGAUACCUCUUCCGUCAACAACGCCUCUGGAGAUCUGCCCACGACGUCGCCCUCCCUCACCACCACACGCACGACGAUCCCGUCUACCAAGCACACCGUGGUGCAGAGCGCAGCCUCGCCAGGUAGUAGUGUUCACCACCGACUUGCCGCUGAUAGUGGUGCGGUAGCUUCGAAUCAACAGCAGCAACAGCAGACGUCGAAAAAACUCCACUCCCCUCACGCGAUGUCCUCCACCAACUUCGCCGUGUCAGCCACGAGUAUAAGUUUCUCCUCGAUGGACGACACGGCAAAUCCGCGAAGACGCGACAACAACAAGAGCAUCGGUGGUGGUGGUGGUCGAGGCAGUCUUCAGAGUCCGCUGCAGCGGCGGCACAGCGGCGACAACAGUGUGAUGGACGCCGUCUCACGCAGCCUCAACGCUCACAACGACCCAGAGUUGGAGGGCUUACCGCCGAUGGGUGACGAGUCGUCCGCGGAUGGAUCGACGCUGCUCUACGAGAAGGGCUUUCUGAUCUCCGCCUCUGCCGGCGCAGACCGCGAGACGGGCGUGAGCAACACCCCCGCUCGCGAGUACCCGGAUAGGCACCUACACGACGAGGGGCAACCACAAUCACAGCAGCAGCAACAGCGCGAGAACAGCGUCAGCGGUGCCAGCCCUUCUCGCGGUCCGCCAACGAGCAUGUCGGGCAUUUCGCAUCGCCUUCUCACCGCGGAGGAAAUUGAAGAACGUCGACGAGUGACGUCGCGCACGGUAAGUCAGGCAGCCUCGCACGCCCUGCCCGGUGCGUCGGACACGAACAGAGACGCGCAAGCGAACAGCAGUCUCAGUCUCAGCGCAGGGGGCAAGCCGGCGCAUCGGCAGCUGUCCAAGGAGGAGACGGAGAAGCUGAUUGCGCAGCGGCAGCAGCAGUUCAAGGAGCAGGAAAAGCUGAAGCAGCAACAACGAGCCGCAGCAGCGGCGGCAGCCACCAUGACCACCACUACACACUCCACUCCCCCCGCCGACGCCACCAUCGCCGCGACGUCGGUGCACCGGCAGCCCAAUGCACCCCCGCCGGUGGACCCCUCGAGCCGGCCCAGCCACACCCACACUGGCGUGCCGGGGCCUGCGCCGCUGAACUCCAACGCGGCGCCGUGGCUUAUGUCGGGCGAUGGCACCCAAUCGGCCCUCCUGCACGGCGAGAGCGGCCCGCCCUCUGGGGCCGCCGGUGGCGGGGCGGUGACCUUUGAGUGGCUGCACGGCGCAAACACCGGCGGUGGAGGCGGCGUGGUGGGCACGAGUGAGCGUUCCUGGCCAGGAGCCAACCAGUGGCGGGACAACACCAGUGGCCCUGCCGCUGUGACGGUUGGUGCGAUGAACGCAGCCUUCCCCGGAGCGGGGGACGGCGGCGGCCUCGCCAUCCCUGCCGUUGGCGCAACGGGGCUCUACACCUGGCUGCCGAACACCUCCUACUGGCUCUCGUUAGAGCAGCAGCAGCAGCAGCAGCAACAACAACAGGAACAGCAGCAUCCGCCGCCAUCUAUGCUGAUGCCGGCGGUCACCGCCCUAACCGGUGCUCCUCCGCACGACGCCUUCUCCUUCAUGUCCGGCGUUGCUCCUACGAGUGGCCUGCAGCUCACGGGGCCCCUUUCCGGACUCACUCUCAGCCUCUUGCAGACCCUCACCGUGGCGCAGCUCGAGACGGGCAUCCGCCAGUGCGAUGAGCACGUCCUGCGUGUGCAGCAGGAUCGCGAGAUUCUCUACCACGAGCUGCAGCGCCGGCAGUACACGAUGGCCGGCAGCAACGUGAACCACAUGCACAGUACGAGCACCAGCAUCGUCGCCGGUGCUGGUGGUGCCGGUCCUGUCGGGGCAACCGCGGAGGCGCUGGGCUGGCCAGUUGCCAUGGACCCCGCGACGGCGACAGCCAGCACCACGAACGUCGUGCACAGCGUCGCGGGUGGCAGCGGCCCCGCCAGCACCGGCUCGCCGUCGCGCUUCUUCACCGGCCCUGGCGUCGAGGGCCUGCCGCACAUGUUGGACGUCCGCACCGCCGUUCCACACAUCGCACCAGGGAUGAACUUCUCGACGGUGGCGAGCGCGGGGACGUCGUCGAUGGCGACGAACGCGACGACCAGCGAGCGGCGGCACAGCGAGAGUGACGGCCCGGCAGUGGCAGCGUCGACAGCAGCAGUCCCCACCGUGCCCUUGACUGCAAAGACGAUCCGCACGACGGCCCCCACCGGCAGCGAAGGCUGGAGGCGCGCCAGAGAACACCUCAGCACGAACGGCAGCAACAACAACAACGAUCGCCACCGUCAGCAUUACAACAGCAACAAUAACAACAGCAGUACGGGCAGCAGAGGUCAACGCCGCGGCCAGCGUCCCCGCGAACACAGUCGGGUGGCGGACACGGUGCAGCACGGUGGCCGUGGCGGCGCCCACAACGCCUCGCCUUCCUUCGGGGCCGCCACCUCGUCCGCCAGCGCCGGUGCGCCAGCCGCGUCGGGCAACCGCUGCAGUCACGACAACACCCCGCAGGAGCAGAAGUACCUGCAGACGGAUCCCUUCAGCAUGUACGAGCACAACAAAAAGAUCGCGACCACCACGCCGUCGACGAAGCCGACGUCAGCGGCGGGCGGCGCUGGGGCUGGGGAGGCCGCUCAGUCAUCGAAGCACGCCACGGUAUAG